AGUGCCCCCAUUGCACACUCGGAAGACGCUGGAAUAGCCAGCCUAUCCUUGGGAGCACGCCAGCUGGAAAUCUGCACCUUUCUGCCGCUGUGUACCUGAGUGGUGCAUCUUUCCUAAAAAUUGAAAAGGUCUUCAAGGAAAUGAAGCUAGUUGUUUCGGUAUGAAACAUUUCGCCGCCAUGCCAAAAGUUUCAUUGAACCAGCAGUUAUUCACCAGUGGAAAGUCCUAAAUGAUUUGAAUCUGCAGCGGCUAAGUCAGGAGGAAAUAGUGAUACUUGGUGGUGACAUGAGAGCUGACUCUCCAGGUCACUGCAAAGUAUGGGAGUUACACAAUGAUGGAUCUCCAUACUAACACCAUUGUGGACAUUCAGUUGGUCCAGAGCAACGAAGUUGGUGGUAGCACCCAUAUGGAGAAGGAGGGACUGAAGAGGAGUCUAGCCUUACUGGAGUCGCGUGGCGUCCACCUUGACUGCAUUGUCACUGAUCGUCAUCCUCAAGUACAGACGUUCCUCAGGGAGAGAAACAUAACCCAUUCCUACGAUGUCUGGCACUUUGCAAAAGGUAUUUCAAAGAAGCUGUUGGCAAUCAGUAUGCAGAAAGACAGUGAGAAACUCAAGAAGUGGAUGAAGAGCAUCAACAACCACAUAUACUGGACUGCAGCAGGCUCAACCUCCGGGCCAGGGAGAAUCGCAAAGUGGACCUCGAUCCUGAACCAUGUUCGAGAUGUCCAUGUACAUGAAGAUCCUCUUUACCCCAAGUGCGAGCAUACGAUCCGCCAGACAAGUGACCGGAGUAAAUGGCUUCAAGCAGCAACUCCAACUUUCUCCAAGUUGGAGAAGUUGCUGACCAAUAAAAGGGCGCUGAAGGAUGUUGCAAAACUGAGCCCCCACCACCGAACUUCAUCUUUGGAGGCUUUCCAUGCGGUUAUUCUUCGUUUUGCCCCCAAAAAUGUUGUCUUUCCCUUUAUUGGAAUGCUGUGCAGACUCUACCUGGCUGCUAUGCAUUCAAAUCACAAUGUGGACCGACCACAGGCCGAAACAAAGGAAGGAGUACCAAUUUAUAAAAUCUCCUUUGCAAAGGCUAGGAAGGGAGAGUGCAGAGCUAAACCACAAAAAACACAGCAGACCUUUGGGUUCAAAUCAAUUCAAACGACACAUAUUUUGGAUUUCUAAAAUGUUUUUCGAUACAGGUUACGUUGAUGACAUCAUAGAUGUCAUUUUUGAGGAAGUCUUUCCCAACCCUACGCCACACAGAGGCCCUGUUGGAGAUCCCUGUUCCAGAGCCCCUAACGGCACAGUA